UGACCGACAUUGCACCCGUCCGAAGCUUACCAAACAACUCUGGAACCUGCGUACUUUGCAUCAUUUGAAUAAAGUCCAAUCCGGCCAGGGGAAUGGCCAAAGAACAUCGCGAAAAGUUGUCAAUUUCAUCAGUGAACAAAUUUUUACACGAAUAGAAAAGUAAACAGCUUUCCUUUAGCAGAAGUAAAAAUCUGAGAACGUUCUUCGAAAUAAAUCAAAAAGUCCAUCAGUUAAAGCCUGCGAAGCCAAAGAAUCUCGUCGCUGUUCAUUCUCGAUUCUUGCAAGCCGAUUUGCAUCGACAAUUGCUGAUGAUAAUAGCGAUAAUUAAGUGCAUGAAGAACAAUGUAGUCAGUGCAAAAAACAGCCCGGAGGAUAAUUUGAAAAUUGUGGCAGCGGCCUUUCAGGAUUAACUUUAAACAUGAAGUGUUGUGAACAACCUGGCCUUGCCAAACAAUCUUGCAGACAUAACCCGUUUUCUUUUACUCAGGCUCAGAUUAACUGGACGUCAAUAUGUCAGCAGUUUGCUAAUCUCUAAAUUCCUUUUGGGCUGUCUCGUAAAAUACCGAAUAAUUUUUGUUUUGUUUUUCUUUCGCUUUCUUUAGUUUCGGGGCAGCGUGCAAAGUCGAGGGAAAAUCCAUGUCUUUAGGCAUCAGUUGUUCAAGAGACGGAUAACACUAUCCACUGAAUAAAGUUCUAUCCAGCGUAUAGGCUAAUCUUUCUGACGUCAUUGUUAACCUUUUUCCUCAUUAGCAUACGACUUAACUUAUAGAAGCCGUGGUUGUAUAUAUGAACUAAAUGCCAAAAUUGAAAGAGCUGAUUAAGUUGAGCAAUUUGUGCAAUUUUCAGCCCGUUUAAGGAAAUAUCAGCCAUCAAAAACUGCGAAAUUACUGUGUGGCAAAAAAGUUAAAUGAGCCAUACAUUCUCUGUAAAAUUUCGAGUUUAGAAGAGAAUUUCUCCGAAACCAUUCGGUGUAUUGGGCUCAAAUUUUCAGAGAGAACUAAAACUGUUAUGUCCUUUCAAUAUUCAGAGUUUUUAUUUUAUCAGCGUCAUCAGAUAGUGAUUAGCAUAUGUUAAUGAGGCAAAAAGUGUAAACAAAGAUUCGCCUAUAGCGCAAUUGGUUUCCCUAAUACUUAUCCGUUGGAUAGUGAUUUAUCCGAUGGAUAGUGCUAUCCCACUGGGGCCUGGUGCCUUCUUUGAGAAGUCUAUAAAACAUCGACAACGCAAAUUAUGCUACCGAUCAUGAAUACUACUUCACUGAUUCAUUUACGCAUUAAAAAAUCUAUGUGAAUUAUUUUUUAGCUCGGUUCGUACUCGCUCUAGUCGGUUUAAAGUGGGUCAAUGAUUGCUUGUGUGAGGCAAAAAAUUAGCUGAAAGAAUUUUUUUUUUCUUGGUUCAUAAAAAAGUUAUGCGAUUCGAGGAAAAUUCACCAUCUCACUCAAGAAUUCCUGGUUAAAUUUGAAAAACCGAUAUCGCACUCAUCGCGGUAUUAGAUUUCGCGUGAAAUUUCACGUAGAACCCUAGUCACGAGGUGAAUUUUCCUAUGAAAAAUAUUAAUCUCAAGGAAAAAGAGGAUAAAGGGGGCAGAGAAGGCAUCCCCCAUACACACCCUAUUACAUAGGUAAUUCGUCUCGAGUUAUUUUUAAGACCACAGAUCCCAAGGGGGAUUAGACGACAGCCAAUCACAUAGCGCGAAUGUGUUCCGCGUGGAUGACCCACGCUCAGAGCCACGCGUCCUUCACGAAUUGACGCAGAACAUAAUGGCGGAAGACGCGGAGAGCGAUAUUGCUUUUCGUUUUGUCGACGAAAACGAAAUUAAGAAAAAACAAGACGCACGAGUGCGUGAACCCGGCCUUCCUUUAGUUCAUAAAAUGAUAGUACGCCGGGGGAAAAUGUGCACUAUGCAGUAAUGAACCACAACUCAUAUGAACUUUGAUGAUGGAUUGAUGAUGAAUAAAUGGAAACAAAAUACUACCGGCUAGCAAAUCAGACAGGAAAUUAUACUCGAACGUUCCAAAGGGGUGUACUUGACCAUGGCUGCAUAAUGCUUCAAAGUAGUGUUGCAGCUAGUUUUCUUUUUCUUCAAAUUAGCAUGAGCUUCAGUCACAAUCUUCGGUAGUAAACUAAUAUUUUGAGGGAAAAAUCUUUGAAAUAACACCCUAUAUGAAAAGGAAGAGAACAAAAUGGUUGGAAUAAUUAUGCCAGGAUUUUAAAUUUGUUCUGGUUGCUGAAGUGUUUAUUGUACGUGCUAGAUUACUACAAAGGAGUAAAAAACCCAGAUCUUCGCGUGAGUAAGACCUUUAUUCAUAUUAUUGUCACUCUGAUACAGGUGCUUCAAAGACAAACUACCGGCAUCUUCUUUUAGUUAAUUCAUCAUCAGAAAUCUUCGAAAAGUGUUGCUGCACUUAUCGUUUGAUUUGGGAUCAAGUUCAUCUUCUCUGAAAAAAAAAGUAAAUAAAUAAAGGAUAUGUCAAUAUUUUAUUGCCUUGUUAUUGAUUCAACAACAAGCAAAGAAGUAACCACAGAAAACCCAAACCUACACCCUUAUGUGCCUCGUUGAGGAUAAUCCCAAAACCAACUUAAAAUACAGAAUAUUACAAUCGAUUUGUCGAUCCUUUUAAUUGCAAGUUUGAAUGUAUAGUAGCUGAACACGGCAAAGAGAAAAAUUUCUAGCAUAGAUAACUUUGAAAUUUCUAAUAAUGUUGGAUCGAUCAAAAUGGAGUUUUGCAAGAUCGAAAUUCGAUAGUAAGCAAUCGCCCAUUUUUCAAAAAGCUUUAAGCUUACAUGUAAUCUUUGAGUUAAUUUAACAGUGAGAUGUUAUUACACAGUAAAUCAUGUCCAAUUUUAGUAUCAAACAACUCUACGUGCUUUACAAACCUGCCGCUUCCGUGCGAGCUCGAUACAAGUUAAUCCAUUAUAUGGCAUACAUGCCAAAAAAAGUCAAAGAAUAUUUCUUUCCAUCGAUAUAGUAAGUUUCCGUUUUUAUACCGCCGGGCAGCACGAGACUUGGACCAACCACAAACUUCUGCGAUGAACAGUCAGAUUUGUUUGUUUUGAUGAACGAAAAUUAAUGCACCGAAACGGUAAUUUACUGCCACUUUAGCAUGUCUUCUUCUCGCAACCAGCGCCGAUCGCAACGCCGAUCUCGAUUAAACGAAUCGAGCCACUGUGUUUGUCUGACAGUUCCUGAGGAUACAUUAUCCUCUAGACAACACAUAUCACUAAACAUUUCGACCAAAAUAAUUGUCGAUCUCUCAUAGAGGCAACAAAACCACAACGUUAACGCUCCGGACCGACAAAAAAACUGCCUUUUGUUCUCGACAACAUCUCAAGGUGAUUUUGCCUCUAAGCCAAUGAAUUUGCCGGAAAUCGAUCACGUGAUAAUCCGCCAGUACAGGCAUGCGCUUUAAAGACUAGAGGGCGAUUCGACGACGAAGGAAAAAGCAAGCCCAGAACUAUACCCGUCUUUUCCUGAAAGGAAGGCCGGGUAAAAAUCCUCCUUCCUCUCUUGUAUAGAGCUAACAGUACAGCAGGGAAAUCCUUAACACACUGAAUAUUCUCUCAGGAUCAUCUAUAAUUUACAGUUUGAAGGGAGCAAUUUCUGGUUUGAUAUUCAUUCUUUUAUUAGUCUUCUAUUUUCAACAAAAAUAACACUUGGCGUCCUACUUGCUUUGUAAAAACGACCGGUUUCAAUAGACCGGCGAAAUUUCCCAUUUUAUUAAAGCACUGAGGUUACGACAACUUCGAGUUAAACUGAUUUCACGGGUUGUCAAAGAGUCUAGCGAUUUCCUUUUCCCAGGUGAGCGCCGACUCAUUUCGCGUCAAUAUUCAGGAAUGCUCUCGAUCUCUUUACGCUUUCAUUGCCUUUCGCCCGACAUGUUUUGCACGGCGUUUAGUCAUGCGAAACCUCCACGAAACAUCCACGCAGCGCGCGAGGUAACUUUAUCUCCAUUCUAAACAUAACUCGAGACGAAUUACCUAUGGAAUAGGGUUUGUAUGGGGGAUGCCUUCUCUGUCCCCUUUAUCCUUUCUUGUCUCAAGGCACGAAUGUACAUGUAGGGUAAAACUGGUAAUUGUGUGCUUUGUAAACUGCCAUCAGGCUUCUUUUCAAAGCAAUUUAGAGAUAUAGAGAUGGUAUGACCGCAAGUUAUGUACCGUGUAAGUCUGUUAAAAAUAGUGUUUUUUAUGUUUUUUGUUUGGUUAUUUGUUUGUUUGUUUUUUUUUUUCAGAUAUCGACGAGUGUUCUUCAGGUCAUCAGUGUGACAGCAGUGCAACCUGUUAUAAUACAGGUGGAUCGUACACUUGCAUCUGUAAUAGCGGUUAUACAGGGGAUGGACGAACCUGUAAAGGUAAAUUAAAUACCUUUUCCCUACCCAUCACACAAUCGCUGUGAACUGUUAAUAGGUGAUUUCGUACGCCGUUGCUAAACUUGAUUCCACAGAAAAAAAUCUCUUGAUCAGUGUUUAGACUUCGCAAAGUAAUUCAUUGCAUGAAACGGUAGACUGUUCUAGGGCGCUAUAAGUUUUUAUCCUAUUACGGUACCAUUUUGGCACAGGUUUAGAAGACGCGGCCCCAUUUUGAACCGGACAUUAUUUCUAGCUACCAAAAAAAUGGCACCACUGGCUAAAAACAGAUUGUGAAACUGACUUAAAGCAGGGGUAUGCAUCGAAUUGGCAAUAUCCUGUUUCACUAUAUUUUUAUACUAAAACAGUGGAUAGCUUAUCAUUGAUGAAAAUCUCUAGUGGAAGGGCCACAUUCAUGAAAUCUCUAAUGAAGUAUCCUCUGGUAUAGGUGCUCUUAAGAGGGUCAGGCCAUUUGUUUCAAUGCACAUUGCAAUUAAAAUAUACAAAGGUCUUAUCGAGCCACACUUCGAUUAUUGCAGUGCUGUAUGGGAUGGCUUGACCCAACAGCUUAGUGAGACACUUCAAAAACCUCAAAAUCGUGCUAUCAGAGUUAUCACCAAAUCUAGCUAUGAUACUAGUUCCAGAUUUCUUCUUAACUCGCUUGGUUGGGACAAUUUAUCGGUUAGAAGGACUAAACAAAAGGCUAAUUUAAUGUACAAGUGCAUUAAUAAUCUCGCCCCAGCUUAUCUCUGUAAUUUGUUUGCCCCAAGAACACCGAAUUACUAUCUUCGCAACGCGAAGAAAAAAUUGAUGCUCCAAAAACCAAGAACUGAUUACCUGAAGCGUAGCUUCAGUUACAGUGGCGCUCUUCUAGGGAACAAUCUUCCUGAGGAAAUACGUACAUUAAAUUUCUUAGGUUCCCAUAGAUUGUUUUCUGAUCAGUACUCCCACACGGCAAAUAUGUAAAACAGUUUUUGAGAGUUUCCAAUUAAUUUUUUAUGUUAGACUGAUGUUUUUAACCGUGUAUAAAUAAAGUUAUCAUUCAUUCAUAGUGUUUUUCGCGCACUCUGAUUGGCUUCUGAAAGUCGGGAUAUCCAGUGCUAUUCACUGAUCCCGUGAGCGAGCGACGCCAAACUCGCGUAAGUUACGAGCAAAACGGUUUCCCGGUUUGCUACCGUAACAAACAAAGAAAUUUCACAAAUAAUUUAACAAGCUGUUCCCGAAAUGCACGAAGAAAGUGAAGAAAUUCGGUUUGGAAACUUUAACAAGUAGAAUUUUGUCUGUUUCACUUGAAUUCAUCGAUGACAUUGAUGAAACCGUUGUGAAAGAGUAUUUUGUUUACAAAUGCAGAUUACGUCGUGAGUUUAAUACUUUAUUUACAUGACAUGUUCAUAAAUAAGCUUUUAAUAGUUUGUUUAACCAAAAGGGUUUCAAACACAAAAAGACUUCAUAACUCCUUUUGAACAAAUUUCCCCACAAUAGCCAAACAAAUACUUUCAAGAGUUUUAUUUGUCGGCAAGAAAACGCGGUGGCCGUUCGGUCAUUUGGUGCCAAAAUUGUAACCGUCUGCAACAGUAUAAAAUGAGUUAAAAACCAUCAUUUUUGUGCUCAAUUAUCUCAGUGUUUUAGUAUAUACUAAAACAGUUAUUCACCUCUGUGUCGGUUGCUAGUGAUGGACAAUUGUCACCUAUCUAAUUUUGACCUAUCACGGGGAGUAGGACUUCCUUAUAGUUCUUGCACUUACAAUCAGCCGGUUCGACUCUUCGUAUUACUAACUUUUGUAUAUUACGUGGUCUGUGGAAUUUCAUCAGUGAAAAUGGUUCAUACGGAACAUGGUUAUAUUUUUUGCAGAUGUGAAUGAGUGUUCGCUUAAAACUCACGACUGUGACUCAAAUGCAAUCUGCAACAAUACAGGAGGGUCAUUUACUUGCACGUGCGACGGAAAUGCGUUAUAUUAUGGCGACGGGAAGACGUGCUCUCAUCACCGUAAGCGGACAGUCAUUUAUUUUCUUUUGAAAUUGAUAAACGCAUGAAUGUUAAUUUUGUGGGUUAUUUGCAGCGCUCUUCCGCUUCAUUUUAUGACCUUAACAACGUUCCUCUCAAUGCUGACCAACGAAGUUAACAUUCAACGCCGCUAACAAAAAUCUACAGUAGUGUUUGAGAGUGCUUGAAGCUGACAAAACUCAAGUCGCACAAACUCCUGGGAACGAGGUUGCAAGUCACACUGUCCGAAAGGAAGAUUCAGGGAAAGUUUAUUGUUGAGAGAUCCCUAUCGUCGGGUGGGUUUUACGAAGAGUGUAUAUAAAGAAAGACACAGCUGAUUAGUCGUCCUCUACAGCGUAAUUACUCCCGCAAAGAUCCUAAUUUGCAAAAAUCUUCAAGCGUCUCAAACAAAAGAUACCCAUGUUACGGAACACACUUCUAGAGCCAUCGCCAAACGUUUUCAUUAUUAUCAGAGACUUGUAAAUGGUUUUUGGAAGCGUUGGCAUGCCGAGUAUCUGAAGUCUCUGACAUCCCUCAAGAAAUGGUCUACAGUUGGGCGCGAGAUACAUAAAGAUGACUUGGUCUUUGUUAGCGAAGAUCACUCAGCCCGCGGCCAGUGGCAGCGUGCCCGUGUGGAAGCCAUGCACCCAUCCAGGUCGAGAUUGUUUUAUCUCGUCUAUUACCUUGCGACUCACAUCUGGAAGUCUUACUCGUCGCCCAGUCGAUGCUGUGAUGCUGAACUAGCUGCUGAACUUGAUUGAACUUGCUGGAUACAUUGUUUAUCACUUUGUUGAUGCACUCCCUGCAUCGGGCGGGAGUAUGUUCCGAAAUGUUAAAUUUACAGACACGCGGGCAGUAAGCCCUAAGUUAAAAAUAAUUGUUCGAAACACCUAUAAUACACGAGCUCAUUUACUCAGAGUGAUAUUUUGCUUUUUGUUGUCUUGUAUGUGUAUUUUUUAUUUCUUUUUUUUUUCUUUAUUUGGGGGAGGGGGGCUGGUGUUGUCUAGCUAAGUUUUUUUUUUGUACUUUCCAUUGUUUUAUUACACUAAAGAAUAAUCUUUGGGUCUGUCUUUUCUAGGCCUUGAUGACUCUCUCGUUUUAGCCAAUGACGCUAGCAUGAUAUCGCAGUUAAAUUCCUGGCUUAGUCCCAAGUUACGCAGUUCUUACAGUUACUGGAAACUGUGUUACAGAGCUUCCGUUGACGGUUGGAGAUCACGGACCUUUCACAAUCGUUGCGAUAACAAAGGAGCCACUGUUACCAUUGUAAAGGUUGGGAGCUAUAUUUUCGGAGGUUACAACGACAAUUCAUAUGGCAAGGUAAGUUCUCAAAUAUGGUAAGCAUGGCGCCAUGAUCGUCCUUUGUUCAAAAUAAUGUCUUAAACCUAGGAUGAGGAAGAAGGGUCUGUUUUACAACCCUCCUGUCUUUUUGUAACAUUGGGGGGGUCACAACUCUAACAAAGGCUGUUUGGGCAGUGCUAUGAAUAAUUUUAUGUCCUCACGGAAAUUUGGAAGACCCUCCCGAAUUUUUUCCGUGGCAUUCCCAUGUUUAAUGUUUAACUUCCCAAAAUUGUUUCAACAAUUAAAAUUAUAAUUUUAAUUAGAGAUUUUCUGCAGCUUCUUGUUAAUUAUGUAACUUGUUAAUUAUCUAACCUUAGUUAUUUUUUUCGUUUAGUGGAGUAGAAACUUUUUUUUAAGUAUAUAAAAUCGUGUGGGUUUUUUUUUAAUCACCGACUAAUCAGGCGAGCGCUGGAGGGGCCGGCCACUAGGGGGUCUGGGGGCAUGUUCCCCCAGAAAAUUGUGAAAUCUUGGUGCUCUGAAACGCCAUUUCUAGUGUUCUGAGAGGAAAAAUUCUGUCCAAAAUGUGCUCUAAAUCAAUUGUCAUUUUUAUGCUUAUUUUCAUUGGCGUGACUUCGUGACUUUGUAUUCGUAUUUGUAUUUUGUUUUUACUCCAUCCUAUAGAUAAUACAUUAGUCGUACAAUGUCAAUUAAUACAAAGUUGCUUAAACUACGUGUACAUAAUAAUAAUAAUAAUAAAAGAAGAAAAUUAGAAUGGAGAAGGGCACAUUAUAGAAAACUAAUUAUGGUCCUUUAACAAGAUUGACUCUAUUCUAUAUAGCUUUGUUAUUCAUUAACACACAAACACGCACGAACACACACACGCACACAACUCAAUAUUGAGCAAGGUAAUAUUUUUUAAGUGCCUUUUUGAACAGGAUUUUCGAUGAUUUAUUGCGAAUAGAAAGGGGGAGAUCGUUCAAAUGGUAUUUUCCAAGACGGUAGAGCAAAACUUUCGAAUAUUAAUUCUUAAGUGGGGAAUGUGUAAUUGCUGAGCAGAUGCACUUCGUGUAAAAUAAUUGUGUUGCUCAGAUACAAGAAAUAAUGGAAAAUUACACGGCUUAUUAUCAGAGACAUAAUCAUAUAAAAACAAACAAUUGUAAAUUUUAACACUAUCACGAAAUUUUAAUAAACCUAGAUGAACAUAAUGAGGAGUGAUAUGAUCUCGUAAAGGAACGUCAUUCAUUAAUCUAACUGCUUUAUUUUGUAGACGUAUGAGCUGUGAUAAUGGAUUAUCUUAAUUAUUUCCCCACAAUAAGCAACCAUAUAUGAGAUAUGGGUAAACAAGAGAAUAGUAAAUACUAGUUAAACAUUGAUUUCCUAGACAACUUUUUAUCUUUGUCAUAAUAUUAAUACUCUUACUGACUUUAUCACAAACAUAGUCAAUAUGGUCAUGCCAGGAUAGGUGGCUGUCAAUAUGGAUACCUAAGUAUUUAAUUUGGAUAACAUGUAACAUCAAAUCUUUGCUCAAUAACUCCCGAAACAGCCCUUGUUAUAGCUGUCACCCCGCGUAACAAUGAUAAACAGAUACCAUUAUGUCAUCUUAAGGUGGCUCAACUGGAUUUUUAGGGGAGGUACCUUCCAAGUUUGAGCAUCAACUACGUCGGUAUGAGUAAAGAUAUGGGAAAAAGGUUACCAUAACUGUAUUAUAAUAAAGAUGAAAAUUUCUUAUGACCUGGGUUUUAUUGCAGUCGGAGUCGCCAUGGUAACGUAAUGACGCCAUAACGUUUUUUAUUUAUCUUUGUGUUUCUCUGUACCAGGAGUUUUUUUAAGAAAUCGCUUAAGGGAGUAUGUACCUGCCGUAAUUGCCUCAAUUAUGGCAAAGUUUGAACAAAUUCUAUGAGAGCGUCUUGGAAACAUUUUGAAACGAAGUUUUAAGGGUCAUAAAAACAGUGAAAUAGCAUGCUAUCCACACAAUUAGCUAAUAUUUUAAGAAAAUGAUAAGAUUUAGAAAUGCGGCUUCAUCUCAUAGAGGUUUGAUUUCAUUGAAAACUGCGUACAAAAAACGAGGGGAAUUGCUCCGGGCGAUCGCGAGUUAGAAGAAUGUUAUUAGCCUGCAUUCAGCUGCUUUUGUUACAUUUUUUGCAAGUAAUUUGGUCCAUGCCUACAAAUUUCCCAUUUUCAAACAACUGCUCGAUACAGUUUUUAAAAACUUGACAAUCACGAGAUCAAUCGUCAAUAGCUAUACCCUGCAAGUUUCAAGAACAUUGAAAACAGGAAAGGCCUUUAAAUAGGGCCUCAAAUAUAACCAAUUUUUCCCUUAGAUUUUGCGUUUACAAGUGAGCGUUCUCAUUAUUCACUGGCAUUGUUUUCAAGUUUCAUAUGCACGUGUACAACUAGCAAACAUAUUGAAUUUGCAUAAAACAGGACCCUCGGUUGCUUUCCAAAAAAAUCUUCAGAAUAUUCUAAUAACCGGGUAAAGAAAUUAGGGUAAAGGAUUUCUUUGAUGCUAUAACCCGAGUAAGAUAAUUAAGUAUUGCAUCCUACACGAUGAGCCGUGACGUUCACCGUUCGGCUCCCCCUGAUAUUUCUUCGGAAAGUAAUCGAGAGUUCUUUUUUAUGCAAAUUUGUUUCUUUUGCUUGUUGUGCACGUGUAUAUGAAACUUGAAAACAAUACCAGUGAAUAAUGAGAACGCUCGCUUGUAAACACAAACUCUGAGGGAAAAAAUCGUUAUAUUUGAGGCUAUAUUUAAAGGCCUUCCCUGUUUUUAAUGUUCUUGAGACAAUUGAUCUCGUGAUUGUCAAGUUUAUAAAAAAAAUUAUCGAGCAGUUUUUUUGAAUAAUGCGUUAUUGUGUAGACAUGGACCAAAUUACGUGCAAAAAUGUAACAAAAGCAGCUGAAUACAGGUUAAUAACAUUCUUCUAACUCGCGCUCGCCCAGAGCAAUUCCCCUCGAUUUUUGUACGCAGAUUUCAAUGGAAUCAAACCUCUAUGAGAUGAAGCUGCGUUUCUAAAUCUUAUCAUUUUCUUAAAAUAUUAGCUAGUUGUGUGGAUAGCAUGCUAUUUCACUGUUUUCAUUACCAAAUUACGUGCAAAAAAUGUAACAAAAGCAACUGAAUGCAGGCUAAUAAAAUUCUUCUAACUCGCGCUCGCCCAGAGCAAUUCCCCUCGUUUUUUGUACGCAGAUUUCAAUGGAAUCAAACCUCUAUGAGAUGAAGCCGCAUUUCUAAAUCUUAUCAUUUUCUUAAAAUAUUAGCUAAUUGUGUGGAUAGCAUGCUAUUUCACUGUUUUCAUGACUCUUACAACAUCGUUUCAAAAUAUUUCCAAGACGCUCUCAUAGAAUUUGUUCAAACUUUGCCAUAAUUGAGGCAAUUAUGGCAGGUACAUACUCACUUAAGCGAUUUCUUAAAAAAAGCUCCUGGUACAGAGAAACACAAAGAUAGAUAAAAAACGUAAUGGCGUCAUUACGUCACCAUGGCGACUCCGAUUGCAAUAAAACCCAGAUCAUAAGAAAUUUUCAUCUUUAUUAUAAUACAGUUGUGGUAACCUUUUUCCCAUAUCUUUACUCAUGCCAGCGUAGUUAAUGCUCAAACUUAGGAGGUAUCCCCCCUAAAAAACCCAGUCGAACCACCUUAACAGAAAAAAAAAUCUUUAUUGCGGGCGACAAGAGGAGCCCGCAAUCCUAAUGUCCAGGUUGUUAUUACGCAUACGUCGCAUGUAUGUGCCAGCAUUCGUCGCAUUCGUUUGGACUUCCACUAAGAAUAUAAGGAAUGCACAGAACGCAAUUUGAUCAAGAGUGUUUGGACCUUCUAUCACUCGAAAUCUGAUCACGCGCGUUUUUGACCAUCUGUCACGUGAAACUUACGCAAAGCACAGCGCUGGAACAAAAGCGUUUUGACCUUCGAUUGUUGUCGCCCGCACUCCGUAAACUUUGGUUAUUACUAGUUACCGUACUAAAUGAUUUUAAGAUCCUUGUUUUAUAAAUUUUACUCCUACCCAUAACAAGAUGAGGAGUAGUUUGCAAUCAUUACAUACUCCAUUUUUGACCACGGUUUAAGUAUAAAUUAUUGACGAAUAAUUUGGAAAAUAAACCGUCACUUUGACAGAUCGAGGGAAAGAAAACGAUUGUAGUUAUUCAUUACCGAUCGAAGUUUUCAUCGAAUUUUAACCUUUUGAACAGAAUAUUUAUUACGGAAUGAAAAAUAUCUGUUUCUAAUAUUUCUGUUCUUCUGCACUUGUUUACACAAAUGAAAGUUCCUGUUUGGUUAAUUCUUUUCGAUUAAGCAAUUUUACCCUGUAUCUGAAUUCAUAAUAAACAACAAGCAAUAACAACAACUUUAGUUUGUUAAUGUCAUUAGAGAAUAAUUUAAUGAGGUCUAUUCUUCUACCAUGUGAGGUCAUAGACUAUCAUGUACGAGAGUAGUUUCACUGACCUCGUGGUCAUCAAAUUGGAGCUUGAGUGUCGGAGUUGAAGAUGUAUACAUAGGACUUUAUUGUUGCUGACAGUGUUGACCGUGCUUGUGUAACGUUGUUGUGAUAGUUAAGACUCAAGCAAGGACCUGUUCUGCAUUUUUUAACAAUAAUGUAUGUCUCUCUUCAGGGUCUUCAGAGUCAUACCAAUACUCGUCCAACACCUUCAUAUACUCGCUGAAAAACUAUUACGGAUAUGGUUACUUUAAAAAGGACGUCAACGUCCACUAUUAUUAUGCCACAUACAGCAGCUAUGGCUAUGGUCCAACCUUUGGAGGGGGUCAUGAUUUGUACAUUGCAGAUAAUGCAAGAUACAAUCAUAACUCUUACUGUUAUUGCUAUUCGUAUACUAGUCCCUAUUGUGAUAACAAUAUCUGGACCGGAAAUCAGAACUUCAGCCCAGAGGAGGUGGAAGUUUACUAUGAAAUUCUUGUUUAA